CAACACGCCUCGCCAUUUUGGUCGCUCUUUGUGCGCCACUGUCCAUAAAGAGUGUGCGUGUUUGUGAACGACUGUUUGUGCCGUUCUGCACCGAAAGUGUCGCGGAUGAUGCAGGGAAACAAAGGCCCCCAGCAGAACCACGGCCCCCGCGGCCACGCGGAACCGAAGAAAGCCGGAGGCACGAGCACCAACGGCCAGCAGCCCGAGCCCAUGGAGCAGUGCCGGAUUAACGAGGCCUUAACGCUGGAUAUGGACAGCUUCAGGAAACCCGGGGAGAAGACGUUCACACAGCGCAGCAGGCUGUUUGUGGGGAACCUGCCCACCGGAGUCUCCGAGGAAGAGAUCGAGAAACUGUUCGCGAAGUACGGGAAAGCCAGCGAGAUCUUUGUCAACAAGGAACGAGGCUUCGGCUUCAUCCGGCUAGAGACCAGAAUCAUAGCAGAGAUCGCCCGAGCAGAGCUGGACGACACUCAGUUCAGAGGCAGACCCAUCCGGGUCAGGUUCGCGACACACGGCGCCGCUUUAUCUGUGAAAAAUCUGCCGGAGUUCGUGUCCAACGAGCUGCUGGAGGAGGCCUUCGCUGUCUUUGGUCAGAUAGAGAGAGCCGUGGUCAUAGUCGAUGACCGGGGGAGGCCCACGGGGAAGGGAAUAGUGGAGUACACCUCGAAACCAGCUGCGAGGAAAGCGCUGGAUAAGUGCAGUGAUGGUGCCUAUCUUCUCACAGCCUUCCCUCGGCCCAUCAUCGUGGAGCCCAUGGAGCAGUUGGAUGAAGACGAGGGUCUACCGGACAAGCUCAUCAACAAGAACCAGCAGUACAACAAAGAGCGCGAGCAGCCGCCCAGGUUCGCACAACCCGGCUCCUUCGAGUACGAGUACGCCAUGCGCUGGAAGGCGCUGAUGGAGAUGGAGAAGCAGCAGUACGACAUGGUGGACCGCAACAUGAAAGAGGCUCAGGAGAAGCUGGAGGCUGAGAUGGAGGCGGCCAGACACGAGCAUCAGGUGAUGCUGAUGAGGCAGGACCUCCUGCGGCGCCAGGAGGAGCUGCGGAGGAUGGAGGAGCUCCACAGUCAGGAGGUGCAGAAGAGGAAACAGGCUGAGCUCCGGCAGGAGGAGGAACGCAGGAGGAGAGAGGAGGAGAUGAGAAUGCGUAAUGAAGAGAUGCUGAAGAGGCAGCAGGAGGGCUUCAGAGGCAACUUCCCUGAAAAUAGGGAGCAAGACAUGAGGAUGCACAUGGGUGGCCAUGGGAUGGCCAUGAAUAGAAACUCUCUGGGUGGCAGUUCUGGUUCUGCUGGUACUCCCGGCAUGGCCUCUGAGAAUACUCCAAUGAUGCAGGGGCAAGGAAACGCCACCAUGCCUGGAGGAGGUCAGGGUGGCUUCCCCAGAGGUCCUGGAGACUUUGGACCAAACAAUAAGCAGCGCAGAUUUUGAGUCGGAGCUAUUUUUUCCUCCCCAUUUUCAUACUCGAUGUAUUUUAAAGUUCAGGUAGUGAACGUUACUUUUGGGCUUUGAAAAACGGUUGCAUGUAUAAUUUUCUUUUGUUUGUUUCUUCUUCUUUUUUUCAUGUGUACUUUUGGAUUUUUUUAAAUACUAAAAUACCCAAACUCUCCCAGUGAGCCAUGUGUUUAACUUUGUUUCUCAUUAAUGUAUUUUUUUAUAGGGAUAGAAAAGUGUUUUUGUUCUGAACAUGUUCUGAAUGAGUUAUCUGGAAUAAAUUCACAAUUCCCUAAGAA